AUGGCGGUCUUCACCGAAUUGAUCCAAAGUCCCUAUGCGGUGCAAGGUCUAGCCGUUUCCCUUGUCGCCGUGCUGCUCUCCAUGUUUUGGCAAGAUCUGGCAGACGAAAUUCCCCAUCGUCGAAUCCCCCUGAUCGGCAAGGAUGGAUGGGAUCCUCUCAAUAAGAAGACCAGACAGCGCUUUAAAUCGAGUGCGCGAAAAUUGAUCCUGGAGGGCUUCUCUAAGGGUGCGAAUAUCUUCCAGAUCAUCUCCGAGAGGCCAUUGGUGGUCCUCCACCCUAAGUAUAUCGACGAGAUCAAGAAUCACCCCCAUUUAGAUUUCCAGGGUGCUGUUGAAAGAAACUUCUUCGACGAUCGAAUCUCCGGGUUUGAACCAUUCCAUCCUGGUGUCGGUGGUCAGGUAACUGUCGAUUUGGUGCGGACCAAGUUGACCCAAGCACUCGGCUCGUUGACAAUCCCGUUAUCAAAGGAGAGUGCAGUAGUUGCAAAGGAGAUAUUCCCCCCCUACAACUGGUAUGCUAUGCCCCAAUGGACUCCCUACAACUUCUCCGCAAAGAUCCCUUACGUCGUAGCACGUCUCUCAACCCGCGCCUUCCUAGGCGAAGCGCUCGCCAAGAACAAAGACUGGAUCGACAUCUCAGUCAACUACACCAUCGACGCUUUCAACGCCGCCCGUGAACUGCGACAGUGGCUAACCAUUCUGCGUCCGGUGGCGCAGUACUUCCUCAAAACAACAAGGAAACUCCGAAACCACCUAUCGCAGGGAAAAUUGAUCAUUGAUGCGGAAAUUAAGAGACGACACCAGGCCGCCGAAAACAACGCCAAAAGCGAAAGUGAAACUGAACCCCGACUUCAGGAUACAUUGGACUGGUUCGAGCAAUUGUCUAAGUCAUCCGGUCGAUCUGUCAAUGUAUCGAAUGGCCAGAUAGCGCUCUCAAUGGCAGCUAUCCACACCACGUCUAACCUAUUGACGAAUAUCAUGUAUGACCUCGCCGCGUACCCGGAAUAUAUCCAGCCACUGCGCGACGAGAUUCGGGCCGUUGUAGCUGAGGAUGGGUGUUUGAAGAAGUCUAGCCUGUUGAAGUUGAAGUUAAUGGACAGUGUGAUGAAGGAGACGCAACGACUGCAGCCGGUGUCUAUGAUUUCCCUGAACCGUCUCGCCAGAAAGGAAAUCCCCCUAUCAGACGGAACGGUCAUACCAAAAGGCGCAAUGAUCGGAGUAUCAACACACACCAACGAAGACGAAACAAUCUACCCCUCGCCACAAAUCUACGACGGCUACAGAUUCUACAAAAAGCGCCAGGAACCCGGCAACGAGCAACGCUUCCAAUUUGUCACGACCUCGCGCGAGAGUUUCGGUUUCGGUCACGGGGUGCAUGCUUGUCCGGGUCGAUUCUUUGCGGCGAAUGAGUCGAAGAUUUUUCUCGUGCAUUUGUUGCUUAAGUAUGAUUGGAAGUUGAAGGGUGGUGAUGGUGAUGGUGGUGCUGGUGGUGGUGUGGCUGGGAGGCCGGCGAAUUUCGAUCAUGGGACGGAAAUCAUUACGGAUCCGCGUGUUGAGUUGCUUUUUCGCUCCAGGAGGCCGGAUAUCGACCUUGCGGCGCUUGGGGAGUAG